AUGGAUGGGUCGAGAAGUGACGCUGGAUCGAACAGUUAUUUCGCGGACGAUCGAUACUUCGCAACGUGGAAUUUUGAGGAGAACGAUGGCCAAUCGAAGAGUUAUUUGAUAGAGAAAAAAGAUGACGGAAGUACUGGUGAAUCGAAGAAUCGUUUAGUGGACAAUUUCCAGAAUAAUUACAACACGAAAAAUGAAGACAAUCAACGUGAACCAUCUCCGAUGUUCAAUAACGCUAAAAACAGUUAUUCCACGAUAAAAUCACUCUUUACACCGAGACCUGAUACCAAGGAUCAUACAAAACACGGAUCGAGCAGUCAUUCAGAAGAUAAGUUACUUCCGUGGCGAAACCUCGAGAAAAAUACGAAAGAUGACGAUAAUCAAGGCUCGACGUACUAUUCGGUGGAAAAUUUCCCUGCUUCGCGGAAUCUCGAGGAAAACGAUCGCGCAGAAAAUGAAUAUAAUCACGGAUCGAUAAGCGAUUUAGCGAAAAGCUGGUUACCGCCGUGGAAUCCCGAGGAAAACGAUAACACAGCGGAUGAAGGUGAUCGCGAGUCGAUGAAUGAUUCGACAGAAAAGUCGUUUCCAUCUUGGAACCAGAAGAGAAACGAUCCGGACCUGACGAGUCGCUCCGUGGAAACCUCGUUUCCGUCGUCAAAUCGGAAAAACAACGACGUCUCGAAGGAUUUAAUUAAAGAGAGGAAGGAUUUCGCGCUCGCGGAGGGACCAGAGAGGCGAUCGAACGGCGACGAGGAGGAAAAUUACACGGUGGUUAGGAGCGCGGAGGAAGGUGAAACGACGGUUGUUCAGGAUGAAAGUUGGUUUUCGAAGGAUGACGAAGGGACCGGCGGCGCGUUGAAUGGCUCGGGAGCCGGUGAAAGGAGCGACGUUAAAGAGAAUUUGUCGCGCGAGCUGAAUGGGCAAUCGAUGAAUGAACUCGGGAAGAGUUUCAGUCGAAGUUACUACUUCGACGUGGGCAACAGUUUCUCGCUAACCUUGCACGAGCAACGCGUUAAGAACGAUGACGAGAUUGGAGAACGCGAGCAGAGUACCACUGUAGCCCCUUUUCAAUCCUAUUUACACGCAGAAAACGACAACGUAGAUUACGAAAAUACCGAACUCGAGGAAGAAAAUUCUUGGUACAAUUUAUCGUCGAUGUCCGGUGCUUCUGCGAACGAGAAACCUCGAAUUUCAAAGGAAAAAUCAAUCUCGAUCGAACGGAACAUAAACGUCGAAUUGCCAAACGAGAUCGGGGACGAUUUCCAUAAUUCCGAUCGAUCGUUGGACGGCUCACAGAGAGCAGACAGGGAAGAAGGAUAUAAACGAGGCGAGGAAUCGAUCUCUGGAUCGGUCGAUUCCCCUCCAGCCACGCGGCGGCGUCUCGCCGGAAUGCAGGAGGACCGUGUCGUUUUUUUUCGCGGGGCUCGAUCUUCCGCAAAGACGUCCGAGCUGUUCAGAAGCCGUAAAGGUCGAGCGGCGGAACAGGAUCGCGGGAAGAUCCUUGAAAGGGGAACGAGCGAAACGAGAUCUCGUGAUCGAUUGCCCGGGGCCACUGAUCCUUCCGUUGAUUUUCGUGAGAUCGACUCAGCACGCGGGACCUUCCACGGUUACCAAAUAACGGAUCGUGAAAAUCGACUCGACGAGAACGUUCUUCGAGAUCGUUUCGCCUCUACUUCGCUACGUGGAUACAACGAACUGUUCAACGAAGAGACGGCGAAUACAGCGACCGAUGAGAUGGAGUUAAAUUCGAGAGAAGGUAUCGCAACUGAUGUGCAGAAAAAUUCCGAGGAAUCGAUCGAGUUGAAUAGGAGAAAUGGGAAAUUAGCCGAUCUCACGAGUCCAGAACGAUGGAACAACAUUGGAAAGUUUGGGAACGAAUUGGACUCGAGAAAGGAGAAAUCGUACGAUUUUGGAGAUGACGAAGAGUUUAAAUAUGGAGAUUUGCGCGACGUGUUCUCGGAUGUUGGAAAGUUCGAGAAGGAGGAAGCUUCGGAGGUGGAGUCGUUUUCAAAUGUUGGACAAUUUAACUUGGAAAGGUCGUCGUUCUUUCGAAAGACUGGUUUGCAUCGUGAGAAAGGGAUUGGUGUUCGCCGUAAGAGAUACACGAAUUACUAUUCGCCACAAUCCGUCACCCCCAUGGCGUACGUGCACAUUCAACCGUCAUAUCCGGUACCAGCGGCUCCAACACCGAACCGGAAAUGCGUACGGUGUAUGGUUGUUUACAAGCCAUGCCCUUCGGCGCAUAAACCGAUGCACAACAACGUCCUUCCUGCGUAUAAGUAUGGGGAGUUUGUUUCGAAUUGGCAAGGGCUGAAAUACG